AUGUAUUCUGCACUUCUAUGCCUGGACCUCCAAAAUGCUUUCGACUCUCUCUGGUGGCCAGCCAUAAAACAGGCCCUCAGAGAGAUUGACUGUCCCAAAAAUCUUUACCAAUUAAUAACUUCUUACCUCGACAAUAGGAAAAGCAUCGUCAUUUACAACAACUCAACCAUCUACAGAAAUCAAUCUAGAGGAUGCCCACAAGGAUCAUGUAUGAGUGCGGACCUCUGGAAUGUCACCUUCAAUCACAUUAUUGACCACACCUGGCCGGAGCACACCAAAAUUGUGGCCUUUGCCGAUGAUGUUGCUUUUAUCGUCAAAGGCUCCACCCGCGACCAUCUCCAAGAAAAUUGCAACGUUACGCUUGACAUCUUCAACCAGCUGUGCCACAGGAUUAAACUGCAAAUCUCUCACUCUAAAAGCCAAGCCCUGAUUAUUCACAAGCUUGGACGCUCCAUCACCAGAUACCCAAUUCUGAAAAUAGGCAACAACAAAAUCAAAUGUGUUAAGUCCAUUAAAUACCUUGGCUUAAUUAUCGACCAUAAGUUCAACUGGAUCGAACACCUUCAACAGAAGAAACUCACCACCGCCAAAAUUGCUCAAUCCCUAAAGACUAUGAGAGGUUACUCCUGGGGCCUCAACAGCAAAAUCAUGAAAAUAUUACUCAAAACUGUAAUCAACAAAAUCAUCACCUAUGCAGCAGCAAUAUGGGCAUUUCCAAUGACAGAGCGCAAAAGAAGAUUAUUAAAUUCAAUUCAGCGACCAUUCUUACUCAACAUAACAAGAGCAUAUGUCACAACUUCAACAAAUGCCCUGCAGACACUCGCCGGAGUUAUUCCCCUACCAAUAGAAACUCAAGUAGAAGCAAUCUCGACAAUAGUAUUACAGCUAAGAAAACCAGCAAAAUUCGCAGAUACCAUGUUCCACCCUGAUGAAUAUGAAGAAAAACCCCCAAAAUACCAGACACAUCCAGCCUUCAAACUCCAUAACCUCCACUGCAACUUCAACCAACCUCCUCCUAACACCAAUAUAACAGCUUUCACAGAUGGAUCCAAAAUUGACAAUAAAGUGGGCUGUGCAGCAACAAUCUGCAUCAACACCAGUACACCUCAAUCAGCACCAGCACAAGUUCACUCGGAAUGGCAGGGGCACCUGAGAUCAAAUAACAGUGUCUACCAGGCCGAAUUAACCGCUAUUCGCCUCGCCAUCAACCACCUGCUACGAGACCCAACAGACACCAUUCAUAUCGUGACAGACAGUCAGUCAUCUAUACAAGCUAUUCAAAGCUUCUACACCAACUCACCAAUAGCACAGGACAUCCAGAAGACCAUAAGGACAAGUAAUAAGCAGUUCAUUCUCUCAUGGACCAGAGGCCAUAAUAAUUGCGAAGGCAAUGAGAGGGCGGACUUCCUUGCAAAACAGGCAGCACUUGAUCAAGUCGGUGACGGUAUAAACAUCCCCUGGCCACAAUCGGCAUUAAAAUCAAAGCUCAAACAACUUGCAACUGAGACAUGGCAGCAAGACUGGGAAAAUGGUACAACAGGACGACGUACCUGCAGCUUUAUACCGAAGAUAGACGAUACACGCACAGUAUCCAACUAUUUCUUGACACAAUAUAUCUCAGGUCACGGCCCUUUCCCUACAUAUUUCUUGGAAAGAAAUUUUACUUCUACUGAUUUGUGCGUAUGUGGGGAAAGAGGCGACCCUGACCAUUAUGUCUUUCAUUGCCCACUAACCGCCAACCUACACGUCAAACACCCUACUCAAGUGGGAAUGGAAUUUAAAAGAUUCCUAAUCAACCAUCAACACACCUACAAAAACAUUAAACUAAUCAUAGACAAGCUACAACAACAAGGUAGAGAACUAUGCCACUCAUAA